GUUUUUGUGUUGUGUCGAAGUAUUUUUUGCUUAUUGUCGGCAUCGUUCAAUGGCUACAAAAUAGCCUGGACUGCUCACAGAUGUCAUUUAGUUAGUACAGACUGUAACUGCAUCACAUGCAAUGUCAAGCUCAACAAGUACCUCCAAUCAGCCUCAGAAGACUUAUGGUGUAACAUCGGCUAUAAGUCAUGCUCCGCCGAAAGCGAGAGAUUUAGAGCUUACUAAGAAGCUAGAGGAGUCUCUUCAGCCUUAUGGAGUGUUUGAGUCAGAGGAAGAGCUACAACACCGCAUGACAGUUCUUGGCAAGCUAAAUGAGAUUGUGAAGCAAUGGAUUGUGGAUGUCAGUCUGCAAAAGAGCAUGCCUGAAAAUGUUGCUCACUCUGUUGGUGGGAAGAUUUUCACAUUUGGAUCAUUUCGUCUUGGGGUMCAUACAAAAGGGGCUGAUAUUGAUACCCUUCUUGUUGCGCCUCGUCACAUUGAAAGAUCAGAUUUUUUCUCAUCAUUCUAUGAUCUGUUAAAAAACCAUGAAGAUGUAAAGGAACUUAGGGCUGUUGAAAAUGCUUUUGUUCCAGUUAUAAAGCUUAUAUUUUGUAAUAUUGAGUUUGAUCUGCUAUUUGCUCGUUUGGCUUUACCAGAAGUUCCAGAUAGUCUGGAUUUGCUGGAUGAAAACCUGUUGAAGAAUCUAGAUCCCAAAUGUGUGAGAAGUCUGAAUGGCUGCAGAGUGACAGAUGAGAUCUUGAGGCAAGUUCCUAAUAUCCAAAACUUCCGGCUUACGUUACGCGCUGUCAAACUUUGGGCAAAAAAGCGUGGUAUAUAUUCCAAUGUGUUAGGUUUUCUUGGCGGUGUUUCGUGGGCUAUGCUUGUUGCAAGGACAUGUCAACUUUAUCCAAAUGCUGUUGCAUCUACUUUACUUUUAAAAUUUUUCCUUGUGUUUUCAAGAUGGGAGUGGCCAAACCCUGUUCUGCUGAACCAAAUUCCUCAGGCAUCUGAGAACAAGCUUGGAUUUCAAAUAUGGGAUCCUAGGUUAAAUCCAUCWGAUCGCUAUCACCUAAUGCCAAUCAUUACACCAGCUUACCCACAACAAAAUUCUACAUUUAACGUCUCACUGUCAACAAGGGAAGUAAUGCAAGAUGAGUUCUAUAUAGGUCUUAAAAACACUGAAGAUGUCCAUAACAGCAAGGCCACAUGGGAUAUUCUGUUUGCACCUACUAAUUUCUUCUUGAAAUACAAACAUUAUAUUGUUCUGAGUGCAUUUGCUGCAAAUGAAGAAAACCAUUUAGAAUGGAUUGGUUUAGUUGARUCAAAAGUUAGAACUCUUGUGUUGAGUUUAGAAAAUAAUGUAUUCAUCAAACGUGCUCAUGUGAAUGCUGCUAGUUAUGGUCCGACAGAUUCAGAAAAAGAUACAUUUGUUACAAGAUGGUUUAUUGGUCUGUUGUUUAAUAAAGUUGAAAAUGUCAAUAUUAAUUUGACAAAUGAAAUACAGAUGUUUACAAAUACAGUUCAUAAUCAAGCAGUGAAUACCAAGAUGUUGAAGGAUGGUAUGAAAAUAGAAGCAAAGCAUCUUAGGAGGAGAGAAUUAAACAAGUUCUUACCUCCCGGUGUAUUCAAAAUGAAGAAAAAAAGUGGAGUGGGUGGAGACAAAGCUAAUACUUCUAAGAGUGACCAAAGCUUUAAUGAGAGUACUGACAGCAUUACAGAAGUGAAAGAGGAGCAGCCUGAAAAUAARGAGAAAGGUGAUAAAGAUACAGCCGAGGAGAAGCCAGCAACACCCACUAACAGUGCAACUACACCUACUACGCCACAGUCACCAUCYAGUAUUGAGACUAAAGGCGAAGUGACAUCAUCAACACCUACCAUGACAACAASUCCAACUCCAAACCAAGCACUGUCCAAUGACUCAUCACCCAAUACUGGUAGUAAUGAAACACAAGAUGGACUUCGACAGGCUGUAAAAAGACCAAGUUCACCAUUGGAUGAAGGGGCUCAAGCUAAGAGAAUGAGAAUACUAAGCACCAAUCAGGUUGAAGAAAAGACGGCACCAAAGGAAAACAAUGCUGAUGGUACUGACUCAAAAGACAAGGACAACUCAAUAGAACAGAAUGACAUAGAGGUGAAUACAGAAUCUGAACCCAUUGCUAGAGGAGUCAAAAGACGAAGCUCUCCCAUUGAUCCAACCAUAGUGAAGCAAUUUAGAGACAGUAAUCAGGAGGAUGAAGAGAAAGAGCUCUAUGACACAAUGGAGCAGCUUCAGCCUUCGCAGAUGAAAGUUCCAGUAAAAAACUCUAUAAAACUCAAACUGAAAUAACUACAUAUUCAUACACUACCAGUGUUCCAUCCUUGACAUCAAAGUGUACAUUUGUACUUUCAUUUGACUCUUGUUUAUACAGAUUGCAUCAGUACAAAUCACAUGCGUGCAAUAAGGUCCUUGUUAGUAGUGAGAGAUCUAUAUACUAUAUAAAGUGCCUUAUUGAUAUAGCAUUUUUGGUGUGGAGAAAGUAGGAGACAUAACAAUGUAUUCAUUCAAAAAUCAUACAGAGAUCCAACAGGACAAACCACCUGACCCUGCUGUACUUAGGGUGAGUAAUGCUAUCCACUGGAAAGAUCUCUGUCCUGUAGAUAACAGCUAUGUUAUAUGUACGCAGUGGAUAAUCUUGGAUAGCUAAAUCUCCCUUUGCACACCAGACCGUGGCAGAAGCAAUUCAUGACUGUCAGGACAUGUAGAUUUUUGUCGCUCUACAUUUAUUUUAAUAAAUUAUUUUACAAACAUUAUGACUUAACUAUUGGAGCUUAAAAUAUAGUUACAUGGAUAUGCACUUGCAGUUCAUCAGAAAAUCUGAAAAAUGCAUGCAACCUGUUUGUGGCUGUAUAUUUUUGUUUGAAAAGUUUGUGCCUUAAAAAAAUAACAAAAAUUUGACCCCUUUUUCUUAGAUAUAAAGCUGAAGAGAGUUAUAUAACUAUAUCUAAAAACAUACAAACUUUUUCGUUUUCGUUUGUAAGACAUUGUUAAUGAAAUAAAUGUUUUAUAAAAAUAAGAA